ACUUUCAAACAAGCACAAGCGAGUACAAAUUCCGAAUCAAAGCCAAAAUAUUUCAAAACUUUUAAGCGCCCAAACAAAUCCUAUUUAAAAGUAAUUUUUAUCGUCGUUUUUUGAAGACAUAUUUUUUGUUCUAACAAAUAAAAGCAAUAAUCGUUUAUUGCAAAAAUGUGCGAACACUAUUGCGACGAUUUGGAAACUUUCAAUCCCGAAAUUGAAUACCAAAAGUUCUUGAAACGUAAACCCAUCGUACAAACGGCGAAGUUGUAUGAGCAAUUGCAUACGCGUGAGAAGAUCAAAUGCCCCUACAACUUCAAAGGCUAUGGCGUGGAGACAGACAAGAACACUAUGUAUCGCACUUGCAAUUCUGAGUAUGGCUAUUAUGCACCCAAUGCCUACACCAUACCGACGCGCUAUUUUCCGCUCUCGCAGAAAUUCUCCAAUGAACUGCAUCGCUGCGGCAUGUACCGUAAUUUCUCACUGAACACCCUAAUGGAUCGUGCGUAUUUCUGAGAGCUUUUUUGACAUCAAGUAUCAGGGUAUCGUAUAUAAAAUUUGGGUUACGUCUCUCCAUAAUCAGUCUAAUCUUCUCUAUUAUUGUCUGUGUAUUAAAUGAAAUGCAAAUAAAUAUAUUAAAGAGAGAUUAAAAUUUAAAAGCAUA